AUGAGUGGCCGCCUGAGCCAUGAAAUGAACAGGUCCAGUUACAGUGAAAUUCACAGCAAUGGGUUGGUAUCUGAAGCAGGCUCUCACUACACCCAGGACAGAAUGGGGAGUCUCCCAGUGCCUGCAGCUCUCUCACUCAAAGGGGAUUACUACUCGAGUCCGGACUCGCAAUUUGGAGAGCCCAACAGGAUAGCACUAGCCAGACCCUGGUACCCUAUCUCUACCUCUGACGCUUGGGCACACGGGCCAGCGGUGGGACAUCAUCCUCAUCAAUCCAGCAUCCUGCACGACGGCAGCUUCGAGGCGAGGCGGGAGGAGGGCCGCAAGGGUCCUGAGGCCAAGUACCCUUUCUGCACCCCUCCCUGCUGGAGGGGUGCUCCUUGCUUCCUUCCCCAGCAGCAGCAGCAGCUCCCCUCGGCCGGCUUGCCUUUGCCUCCCCCCAGCCCGCCUGCUCUCCACCUCGCCCUGUACCCUCCCAACCCAAGUUCGGCUCCAUCUCCAGCCCAGACCCAGGGCAGCAGGCAACCUCCCAGUCCCCAGGUCAAGACGGAGAGCAGCCCGGAGCUGGAGGAAGGAACCAAAGGGACAUCUCUGGACAGUGAGGACGAGGAAACGCUCACUUCUGAGGAUUUGGAGCAGUUUGCUAAAGAGCUGAAGAGGAAGCGGAUUAUUAUGGGCUUCACACAGGCUGAGGUGGGCCUGGCCCUUGGGACUUUGUACGGCAAGAUGUUCAGCCAGACGACCAUCUGCAGGUUUGAAGCCCUACAGUUGAGCUACAAGAACAUGUGUAAACUGAAGCCCCUGCUCCAGCGGUGGCUGGAGGCAGCCAAGAACAACGAGAACUUGCAAGAGCUGUGCAGCAUGGAGCAAACACAGGCUCCGACACGGAGACGGAAGCAGCGCACCAGCAUCGAUAAUAACGUGAAGGGAUCGCUGGAGGCCGCCUUCAUGAAGUGUCCGAAACCCUCCACUCUGGAGAUCACCCAGAUUGCAGACGACCUCGAUCUGGAGAAGGAUGUGGUGCGAGUCUGGUUCUGCAAUCGACGUCAGAAAGGGAAGCGGGCAGCCUUCCAUUUCGGGGAAGAGUAUGAGGGGCUGGCUGGGUACAGUGUGCCCCCACUCCAACCUUCCCCACUGGAGCUGAAGGUCGACCUCGCCACCUGGUGGCAACUCAAAAGGAACAUGUUUCAAGACAGCUUUUCCCUCCGCCAACUUGCUCAUGUGGGUUAUGACACAGGAUGGCUGCGCUCCAGCCUGCGGGCGAGAGCUCCGAACGCAGCCUCUGAGGGGGAAGAGCAGAGAGGGCCGAAAAGGGAAAAGGUGAAGAAACCGACAGCACUGGACCAUCCUCAGAUCUCGCAGCGGAGGCCAGUCGCUUGCCAGUUCUGCCAUGUCUCGGGUAACAGCACAGACAGGGAGAGGUAA